AAGUUCAUCAACUCACAGUCAGCCAAGCAAAUCGCAAAACCUUCUCAAACACACGCUCUCCAAACCUCUGACAAACUUUCUUCACACAGUCAAACCUUUUACUACCAAAGAAAUGGCUCCUGUCAUCGCUGCCGAUGCUGCUGCUAAUGGUGUUGUGAAACCGAAGCCCGGGAACCAGCCCAGCUGUGCCUACGUCACGUUUUUGGCCGGAAAUGGCGAUUACGUGAAAGGCGUGGUCGGGCUGGCCAAGGGGCUGAGGAAGGCUAAGAGCAAGUACCCGCUCGUGGUGGCGAUCUUGCCCGACGUGCCGGCGGAUCACCGGAAGAUCCUGGUGGAUCAGGGUUGCAUCGUGAGGGAGAUCGAGCCCGUCUAUCCACCGGAGAACCAAACUCAGUUUGCCAUGGCCUAUUAUGUGAUCAACUACUCCAAGCUCCGAAUUUGGGAGUUUGUGGAGUACAACAAGAUGAUCUACUUGGAUGGAGACAUCCAAGUCUUCAACAACAUUGACCACCUCUUCGACCUCGAGAACGGCUUCUUCUACGCGGUCAUGGACUGCUUUUGCGAGAAGACAUGGAGUCACACCCCUCAGUACGAAAUCGGAUACUGCCAACAGUGCCCCGACAAGGUCCAAUGGCCGGACCACGUUGGCCCGAAGCCGUCUCUCUACUUCAACGCCGGCAUGUUCGUGUACGAGCCAAGCCUCGACACUUACCAUGAUUUACUCGAAACCCUCAAGAUCACACCUCCGACUCCAUUUGCUGAACAAGACUUCCUGAACAAGUACUUCAAGGACAUCUACAAACCGAUUCCUAAUGUGUACAACCUCGUGCUCGCGAUGCUGUGGCGUCACCCCGAGAACGUCAAGCUGGAAAAGGUGAAGGUCGUUCAUUAUUGUGCUGCGGGGUCAAAGCCGUGGCGGUACAUGGGCGAGGAAGAGAACAUGGACCGGGACGACAUCAAGAUGCUGGUGAAGAAGUGGUGGGAUAUCUACGAUGACGAGUCCUUGGACUACAAGAACAUUGUUGCUAGAGAUGAAGCGGCCAAACAAUCGAAAUGGGAUCGAUUCCUCGCGGCGUUGGCGGAGGCUGGAGCUUUCCGCUUCAUGACCGCCCCGUCCGCAGCCUAGUUGUGUGUAAUUAAGGUUUUUUUCAUAAGUGUGUAGAGCAAUUACAUAGAGUCAGUUACAAUUGGAACUGGCAGCUCUAUUUAUUUUUUCCUUGAAAGGGAAGGGUUUUAUAUUCCCUUUCAUUUCCUUCAUUUUGAGUUUGAAGAUAAAGAUUUCUGUUAAUUAUUAUUUUUGGCUUUUCUUUUGUUGAGUGGUGUACAAAUCUAUGUUAAACGAAAUUUCAAAUUAA